AAAGAUCUCCGUUUAUUUUCAAAGCUUUCUUGAUCUUUCAUUCUCAAUUCUCUUGAUAUAUUUUACCUACGAUGAUUCCAACAAGAUGCAAUGAGAUCAACGGCUCACGUCCUCCGUCGCUAAAACUCGCCGGAGAAUCCCACACCAUCAAGAAAACGACGUCGUGUAAGUCGCAGCCACGGCCACAUGGACGGGCCUCUCCAGUAAUCAUUUACGCGCAUUCUCCGAAAGUGAUCCACACGCGUGCCGAAGACUUCAUGGCCUUGGUUCAAAGGCUCACGGGUCUAGAUGAGAUUAUUAGACGGAACCCUAACGACGUCAGCGAAUCAUCCUCUUCUGUGGUGACGGAAGAGGCUUACGUCGGUGAUGAUAAUACGGCGGCUCCGUUUAGUCAGGAGAGAACACAACGACAAAAGUUAACUGAUAUGCCAUUGUUCACACCGAGCUCGAUGACGUUGUUUGGUUCUCCAACUCAACGUAUGUAUAUGUCACCGAACCGGACCGAUUCAUUUCGACCCUUGGUUUUUAAGUUCGAAUAAGACUUCCCUAUAAAAUAUGCUUUUAUAU